GUCGCUGCGACAAUAGUGCUCCUCAGCUCCACGUUGUAUUGUGUCGUGUUCGACGUGCGUGCAGCCCGCAAAUCGCGCGUCUUUCAGUGGUCUUGGAGCGCGGGGGAGAUUCGGUGGACCCGCCUGCGAUGUCCAGGUCGACGAUGUGCGCCGCCUGCCGAAUGUCACGUUCCGCGAAAUAACGGGUAACCUAAAAAUGCGCGAGGAGACGAUCCGCCGCGUCCUCGCGUUCGUUCUGUGCCUCUUGGUCGGACGUGCCGCGGCUUUCUGUUUCCCGGACUUUUGUAAGAACCUGACUGAACUGGUGCCGACACCGGACUACCAAUGUUUAUUAACUUCAGUACGAAACGGAAAAGAUUGCGCGAAGUUCAAGUUCGAGGACGCCGACGAGACGUCGUCCAAGCACGACGACACCGCAAUUUUCACGCUGUCCGCGUACGUCGCGGACUUUGGGGGCUCCCAGAGAGCGACCGCCUUUAAUUUAUCCGUCUCAGACAUCAACUUCCACAGGUUAUCGACGCGUUAUCAGUACAUCGUUGAUGAAAACGAAAGUGUGAGCGCGUGCAGACAUGUGGAGCUGUACGGUAACUCCAGUCACCCUGCGCCGAAACAUCUGUUUGUGUCGUGUCCGUUCACCAACGACAGAUACGAGGGCUUGCCGUACCGGCUGGAGUACGCCGUGGUCGGCGACGAUUUCGCCUACAGCAGGAAAUACAUGUUCUACGUGCCGCAGCACAGACGCAUCGCGGACGGCCUCGCACUCCGCUCGUACACGCCUUUCAUCUACGUGGACGUGUCGGACUCGUCGAACCUGGCGCUGCACGUGCAACCGCUCCCGCCGAAGUACAACGUCACGAGGUACCGGGUCUGGCUGACCCGCAACGAGACCGAGUCGGUGAUCAGCGUGACCUUGCCCGCGAACGAAGACGGCGGGCAUGUACGGUACAACUUCACCGCGCCCGACGGCGUGUACUUCGUCAAGGUGGCGGCCUUGCAUCCCGACUGCGACGAACAGCACGGUUGCGUGAACAGCACGUCGCCGUAUAUACUAAUAAAACACGCGUCUGACCGAUUACUGAUCAUGAUAAUCAGCAUGAUAUGGAUACCGCCCGUGCUGCUGUACGCGCUGUACCACGCAUUUAAGCUCCACCGGAAGCGGGUCCUGAGGGGAAUAUCGAGGAGGCCGAACUGCCUGUUGAUUUACUCACCGACGCACGUGGCGCACGUGCAGGUGAUGGAAGAACUAACCAAGUACCUACAGUGCUGCAACAUCAACGCUAUGAUCGACAUACUUAACAUCCGCGACAUCGCCAGCCAAGACCCGGGGAUCUGGUGCAACAUGGCGUUCCGAGCCGCGGACGUGGUGCUGGUCGCGACCUCGCCACCGUCCACGCCGUCCUCCUAUCCGAACGUGUACCGCAACGUGGACAAACAUCUGCUACGGUUGCUGAAGGAGAACUAUCCGCAACGGAACAAGCGAUACUACGCGCUGCAUCUGCCGUACUGCGAGACGGACGAUAUACCGGAGGAGGCGCGCCUCUUCAAGAUGUUCCGGGUGCCGCGCGACCUGCGGAAGCUCGUCAAAACGAUCCACGGUAUCGGUUGCCUGCGCUUCCGCUCGCCCCGCGACAACACCGGCAUCCCGGAGAUUCUGUACAGCAUCCAGUUGGCGGCGGACAUGCUGGUGAAAGAGCAGAACGUGAACGCGAAGAAGAAGGCCGAGGAGACUGGUAAGCGUUCCCUCGAUGCCGAGAUCGACGGGCCCCGUUCGGCCGGUUACACCGCGUUGCCGGCAGACGAGCUCCUGUCGUCGAUCGUCGCGCCCGAUCGAGCCGUCCUCGCGGGCGAGCCCGUGCACAUCGACGAAGUUAUACCGCAGUCUUUCGCGACGGACAUCAACGAGCUGAACCUGCUCGGCGAGAACGAGGAGAAGGAGACCGCGCGGGGCGUCUACCCGGUUAGGAGCGACUGUGAGUUCCGCAUCGAUAGGUUGAACUUGUAAACUUCCUCUCUGUACAUGUGUAAGCUCGUACCUCGUAAAACUUGUUUAUCGCGAUCGACUGUGUAGAUUUAAGCGAAGUGAAACGACUCUUUUCCCGACUUUCUCUAUUCAUUCUGUGCGCCUCGCGCGCACGGUUUUUAUAUAUCGACAGGUUAUCCGCUCCUCGUAUGUCUGAGUACUAAUUGUCUCUCACGGAGAAAAGUUCUUUUCUUGGCACAGCAAAUUGUUCCUUACUGUAGUGACAGAUUUGUUCGAACAGCGAAUAUAUCUCAUAUUGAUUGCUAAUAAUGCCAGCGAAAUUAUUUGUUAUCGCAAUGACGCGUCUCGCCACAACAGCAAAGUUAUCUGUUCCGUGUAACGAAUCUUUUUGCUGUCACUAUAGUAACAGACAGCUUUUGCUGUGUCAGCGAAGAAUUUCCCUCCGCGUCUUAAUUACACGACAGUUCGAUAGAUAAAGUUUGCGGAGAAAUUUUUGAGGACACAAGAAUAAAUCUUGUUAAGUAAAGAAGGAA